AGGAGGGGAGGCCGGCGGAACGCGGAGCCGCCCCCGCCUGCCGGCUAGCAGCCGCCGCCGCCGCCGCCGCUCCUCCAUGGGCCGGGCGGGCAGGGAGCGGGCGGGCUGCGAGUCGUGAGCCGAGGCUGCCGCGCCGACGAGCGACCCGAGCGCCGGGCCGGCCUGCCUGCCUGCCUGCCUGGGCGCCUCCGUCUGCCGCCGUCUCCCCGUCCCCUCGGCCAGAGGGGAGGGGAAGAGCAUGAGAGGCUGCCCCGUCCCUGUCCGCCGCGGCGCCGCCUGGGCCAGGGCGAGGAGGAGGAGAGGACGAGCAGGCGGCGGAGGAGGAGGAGGAGGAGGAAGAGGCGGCGGCGGAGGGGCAGCAGCGGCGGAGGCAGCGCGGGGACCGCCGCCGCCACCACGACGACGACAGCGGCGGCCGCGACAUGGUGCCCUUCGCGCCGCCGGAGGGCGCGGAGGAGCCUCAGCCUGAGCCCGAAGCGGAGCCUUCCUGCCCUCCUCCGCCCCCCGCCGACGGCCUCAUGGAGGUCUCGGGCAGCGGCGGAGGAAGAGGCGGCCCCGGCGGAGAGCUGAAUGGCAUUAAAAUGGUGGAUGAACCUAUGGAGGAGGGUGAACCAUAUUCCUAUAAUGAUGAAGAAUGUGUGAAAGAGAUACCCAUUACCCAUCAUGUGAAAGAAGGAUGUGAAAAAGCAGAUCCUGCACAAUUUGAGUUACUUAAAGUGCUUGGUCAGGGAUCAUUUGGAAAGGUUUUCCUUGUGAGGAAAAUUAUAGGUCCUGAUGCUGGACAGCUGUAUGCAAUGAAAGUUCUGAAGAAAGCUUCUUUGAAAGUUCGAGAUAGGGUUCGUACAAAGAUGGAGAGAGAUAUAUUGGUAGAAGUAAACCAUCCAUUUAUUGUCAAGCUGCACUACGCCUUUCAGACUGAAGGGAAGCUGUAUUUAAUACUGGAUUUUCUCAGGGGAGGAGAUGUGUUCACAAGAUUAUCCAAAGAGGUUAUGUUUACAGAGGAAGAUGUGAAAUUCUACCUCGCAGAACUGGCACUUGCUUUGGAUCAUCUGCACAGCUUGGGGAUUGUCUACAGGGACCUGAAGCCAGAAAACAUUUUGCUUGAUGAAACAGGACAUAUCAAGUUAACAGACUUUGGCCUCAGCAAAGAAUCUGUGGAUCAAGAAAAGAAGGCCUAUUCUUUCUGUGGUACUGUAGAGUACAUGGCACCUGAAGUUGUAAACAGGCGAGGCCAUAACCAGAGUGCUGAUUGGUGGUCAUUUGGUGUUCUUAUGUUUGAAAUGCUUACUGGUACGCUGCCAUUUCAAGGUAAAGAUCGAAAUGAAACCAUGAAUAUGAUACUCAAAGCGAAACUCGGAAUGCCACAGUUUCUUAGUCCUGAAGCGCAAAGUCUUCUGAGAAUGUUGUUUAAAAGAAAUCCUUCCAAUAGAUUAGGAGCUGGGCCUGAUGGGGUUGAAGAAAUUAAGAGACAUCCCUUUUUUUCUACCAUUGACUGGAAUAAACUGUACAGGAGAGAGAUUCAGCCCCCAUUUAAGCCUGCUUCCGGAAAACCUGAAGACACAUUUUGUUUUGAUCCAGAAUUCACAGCAAAAACACCCAAAGAUUCUCCAGGAGUUCCACCAAGUGCUAAUGCACACCAGCUCUUCAAAGGAUUUAGCUUCGUUGCAACUACUGCUAUAGAAGACCACAAAAUUUCCCCCCUCAACAACAUAUUGCCAAUAGUACAGCAACUCCAUGGAAACAGUGCACUAUUCACAGAUGCAUAUGAACUUAAAGAGGACAUUGGUGUUGGGUCCUACUCAGUGUGCAAGCGAUGUAUCCACAUAGCUUCCAAUAUGGAGUUUGCUGUGAAGAUCAUUGACAAAAGUAAAAGAGAUCCUUCUGAAGAAAUUGAGAUUUUGAUGCGCUAUGGACAGCACCCUAAUAUUAUUACUUUAAAAGAUGUAUACGAUGAUGGUAAAUAUAUAUACCUUGUCACAGAAUUGAUGAAAGGGGGUGAGCUGCUUGACCGUAUUCUCAGACAAAAGUAUUUCUCAGAACGGGAAGCAAGUGCUGUGUUGUACACUAUCACCAAAACAGUCGACUACCUUCACUGUCAAGGAGUAGUGCAUCGAGACCUCAAACCCAGUAAUAUCUUGUAUAUGGAUGACUCUAAUAAUGCUGACUCUAUCAGAAUUUGUGAUUUUGGUUUUGCGAAACAACUUCGGGGGGAAAAUGGGCUUCUCUUAACGCCUUGCUACACUGCCAACUUUGUAGCACCAGAGGUUCUCAUGAGACAGGGAUAUGAUGCUGCUUGUGAUAUUUGGAGUUUGGGUGUCCUCCUUUAUACAAUGUUGGCUGGGUAUACUCCUUUUGCCAAUGGCCCCAAUGAUACCCCUGAGGAAAUCUUGUUGCGAAUAGGAAGUGGAAAAUUUUCUUUAAGCGGAGGCAACUGGGACACUGUUUCAGAUGCAGCAAAGGAUUUGCUGUCUCAUAUGCUGCAUGUAGAUCCACAUCAACGAUAUACUGCAGAGCAAGUUCUCAAGCACUCAUGGAUAACCUGUAGGGAUCAGUUGCCACACUACCAGCUAAAUAGGCAAGAUGCACCGCACCUAGUAAAGGGGGCCAUGGCUGCCACAUAUUCUGCACUGAAUCACAAGACAUUUCAGCCUGUGUUAGAGCCUGUCGCAGCUUCAAGCUUAGCUCAACGGAGAAGCAUGAAAAAGCUAACGUCAACAGACUUAUAGUUCCGCUGGGAGUACUUAGCCAAAGUGGAACAAGGGGGGGAGGGGAGGGGAAUUCAAUAAGUGGCUCUGUAUCUGCCUGGUCCGUGAUAUAAAAGGCAUAUACAAGUUCCUCCUAUACUACUUGAAUUCCGUUGAAGAGGGAAAAAAGGACGCAGGUUCAAGGGGAUCCAUAAUGUGUUCUGCAGGAAGUGUUGGUUGUUCAUCAAAGCAAAGCAUCGGGGCAUCACAAAGCUCAUGAAGAAUUUCUGUACACUGUCCUUUUCAGAAACCUGUUGCAUUAUGUUAAUACUUUUAAAUACUGUAUAGUUUUCCCAGUUGCUAAAGAAAUGGUUUAGAGGACCAUUAACAACGCUUGAGCUGUAAAUUUAAAAGAGGGAAAAAAAUAAUAGUUGAUGUUUAGUAUUUUUGCUAUCUGGCCCUACUGUGUAAAAAAACAAACAAACCUAGCAACAAACGUGUAAGCUCUAUAGUUUUGUAAAUUGGUCACCUGGUAAUGGAGACCAUCCACUUAACGGAGUGGUAGAACAGGGCAAAGCUAAUCAAAAAAGAAUGUGUCAGUGCAAAAUGAGUUAGUGUUUAUAUGGAAGCCUAGACCAUACUGGGUUCGGGCAAUGUGUUUCUGAAGAUCUAUACUUCAGUUGUAAUGUGAAAGCCCCUGCCUGAAUUAUAGAGGAAGUCAGGUUAGGAAUAUAAGGCUGCUGAGGGAUAAGGUUGUUAGGGCAAUAACAACAUGUAUGUGGCAUCUUCAUCUUUGAAGGUUUUCAGGAAAAGCCUCUUGAUAAGCUUUAUGUAGAGACAUUUAGAGCCAGAGGUUGACCCUAGUUGAAUAGUCUUCAACCUUAUCAAACUGCAGACCCACCUUUAAUUCCCAGUCUCAGUCAAAAGAUUCGGUUUCCUUCCUGUAUAUGGACAUUUUGUUCUUUGUCUCUCUGUGUGUCGUGUUUCAAGAGCUAACCAAGACAAUACAACUGCUGUUACCUGAUUGUGAGUCCUGACAUCAGUUGAAGACCAGUGAACUAGAUGGUCCAUUGAGCUCCUUCCAACUAUGUGGGUCUUCUGUGAUGUUUUUUCCGUUGUCCGUGUAAUUUUCUGUAAAACAUGGUCUGUGCCCUUUCAUUUAAUGUAGAAGGGCUGGUGUUUUGCCUGCACUAAGGCUGCAAUCCCUCCAGAAUGAACCCUGGGCAUUAGCUCAUUAACGACUAGUAGCUCGUGAAUCCCAUAGAAGACCCAGGAAAAGAUCAUUAGAAGCUCUAGGCUUCUUAAAAAGCGAUUGUUUCAUAGAAUUUCUCUCUGUGCUGCUUAGCUGACAGCUUCAUUGCAGAUGCUCUUCAUACUUUGUUUCUAGGAGCAGAACCACAAGUGACAAAAGGCACAGAUUGGACACUUGCCAGCGUCCCUCAAGUUUUGAUGGGAAAUGUAGGCAGCUUGGCGGAAUGUUGGACAAGUGACAGUUGAAAAGUCCAUUGGACAGCAGUCGGAGAGCCAAGCUGCAAGACCAGGAUGCCUACAUUUCCCAUCAAAACGUGAGGGAAGCUGACAAGUGUCCAACCUGUGCCUUUUGUCACUUGUGGUUCUGCUCUCGGAUGGAACAAGAGUUGGUAACAUGCUGGGGGAGGGGAUAGCUUGGGAUACUUUUUAUUAUAAUGAAGUAGCUCUCAAGAAACGAUCGUUGACCCUGUUUUAAACAAGCUGUUUGAGCUACCUCGGUAAUCCACUGUGCUGUUUUCUUGGUUUUCCUUUUCCUACAUGACCUGGUUAUCAUUCUGGCAGGACUGUUUUGUGAUGUGAUAGAAGUUAAUUCUCCCUGAAUUAUAAAAUACCGAUUUCAUAUCACAUAACAUAUUUCACAAUUAUUUUUAUUUAUUCAGACUUUGUAGAAAAAAGCUGUAAUUUUUCAGUCACAUUAUAAAAAUUAUUACAAAGAAAUGCUAAUAUUCAUGUCUUAUUUUAAUCCCCUCUAGCUGCAGAAUAAGCUUCAAAAUGUUUUCUAAAUCUUUUUUCCUGAUUUAUGCAGAAGCCUUAUUUUUCCAGAGAUGAGAACUUCUAAUGUGUGGUGGGGGGAGAAAGAGAACCGUUGUUUUCCUCAAGCAUCACAUCAGAUCUUAAAUGUUGUAGUGUUUCUUAAGCAGGAAGUAAAUCUAAGAUUAUAUAGGGGAACAGAGCACUUGCCCCUCUUUAGUAUGGGGCAAAUUGCAAGCUGGUAAGAGCCAGUUUGGUGUAGUGGUUGAGAGUGGCAGGACUCUAAUCUGGAGAACCGAGUUUGAUUCCCCACUUCUCUGCUUGAAGCCAGCUGAGUGACUUUGGGUCAGUCACAGCUCUUCCAGAGCUCUCUCAGCCCCACCCACCUCACAAGGGGAUUGUUGUAGGGAUAAUAACACAUUUUGUAAACUGCUCUGAGUAGGCAUUAAGUUGUCCUGAAGGGCAGUGUAUAAAUCAAAUGUUGUUAUUAUUAUUUUGAGUUGUAGUUUUGAAAUUUGCACUUUUCAGUAAACUUCGGCUAAGUUUCACAUAAUGGUUCUAUGACAUUUGGUUUGCAGAAUCUACCUAUGAAAUUGUAUAUGUCCCACAUCCAAAGGAGGACAACUCCAGUACUGGCUGCUGUGCUGUUGCAAGAUGCAAUUCGUAUUGUUCAAAAAAUCUUAAUAUUGAAACAAUCACUUUUUUUAACUCCUAAAAUAGCUCCUUAAUGCAAGCAGAUAGAGAAAGGUAGAGUUGAAUACAUGUGAUUAUAAACUAUGAUGGACUUGUUGGUGUUUAGAGUAUCAUUAAAUGACUGUUUUUGUUGUUGGGGGGGGUGCUUCAACUGGGAAAAGCAAAGGAGCUCAAACAGAAGUAUUGAAGUUUAAUUAAGAAUUUAUUUGAUCAUCUCAUUAAAUAGUUUUUUAGCAUUAAAAUAUGAAGAAAGGACAAGGCAGUUUGAUUUUUUCCCUUCCCACCUAUUUCCAGGUCAUUAGUGAAUAUGUGAAUACUUGAAGUAAGAAAGCCUGCUGAUGAUACGAAAUGAGUUAAGUCUAUGAGGCCAAAAGGUAAUUUGAGAAUUUCGUAACAUUAGAACAGAGCAACAGAUAAAAUUGCACGUUCAGUGCAAAGACAUUCACACUUACAAAUGUGCUUACACAAUUUCUGAUAUCAAAUUGGCUCUAGCUUUGGGGGGAUGGGAAAGAUCUUGGAGUCCCAUUGAAACAACAGCUUACUGUGGAACAAAAGCUAAUUGGAUGGUAGCAUUGAUUUUUUCAGUGUAGAUGCAUGGUGUUCUUGGAUCCACAGAGUAAGAAAUAGAAGAUAGGCUUAUUGAUCCAACUUCUGCUUAUGUAAAUAAGUGCUCUGUGUAAUUCAAAAGUAUACUGUUUAGAGCUGUACAGAUCUCUUUAAUAGAAUAGAAAAGUAUAUUUAGAGAGCAAAACGAAGUAAUGGAAUUGUGUACUUCUGUCAGUGAUCAUAAAGCGCUCUUGAGUAUGUUUGUCAGCUGCCUUGAGUCUGAGGAGAUAAAGUAGGAUAUAAAUGUUUUAAUUAAACUAUAGCUUUGGCAAUUCCAUUUUGAAAAAACCAACACCAGAUCAGGAAAAAGUACAGUAUGCACCUCCCAUGAAAAAGAAGCGGACAUGUUGAAUUAUAUACCUGAAUAAAUUUGGCAUGGAGCAAGAUUGAAACAAGCUUCUUUUCUUCUGUCUAAAGAGUACACUAUUGAUCAGGGCUCCCCAACCAUUUUGACCCUGCAGGCAUCUUUGGUACCCUGACACGGUGGUGCACGUAACUACAAAAUGGCUGAUACGGAAAAUGGAGUCAGCCCCAAAAUGUCAGAGAGUAAGAUUAUGCGUAAUGCUGAUAGUAAAUCUUCAACAUUUCAGGUAGAAACUCUGUUUUAACCAGAUGCCUUUUUAAAUGAACAUACUGUUCUAAAAUAUUUUCUUGCAUACACACAGCUUACCUUUAGAUGCACAGUGAAGAUCCUUGUGUUAUGGAGACAGCUGCUGCCAAAGAAACAUUUUUUAAAAAUCUGCACAGCCAAUCAAAAGCCCCUUCUGCUUUCUAAAAACACUUGGCAGGCACCAGGAAAGGUUAUUGACCGGUGCCAUGGCUCCCGUGGUGGGGGGACCCCUGCUAUGGAUGGUUGGAUCAUCUUUGUUAAUCAGAAUGAUGCUAAGAGAUCCAGCUAAGUGUGUUAAAUUGCCCUUAAUCCUCCAACUGUGGAAAAGUAGCUGGGAGAUGCUGUGGAGUAAACUUGUGCUGAAUUAUGCACUUCAUGCACCUAGAUUUGGAUGUUCGUGGGAUAGGAUUCAGUGCUGAACAGACCACUGGUCUGAUCCAAUAAAACUGAUCUUAUAUUCUUACGCCCAAGUGUGAAUGAAGUGCCUUAUUCGAAAGCUUCAUGAGCAGUUUUAUUACUGAUAAGAACAUAGUUGACUUUCACACUGAUCAUAGUGUAUUAAUAAAUCUGAAAGAUCACAUCAGACUCUCAUUCACUAGAUUUGCAGGGCAACCCUAAACAGAACUAUACCUUUCUUAGUUCGUUGACUUCAGUGGACUUAGAAGGGCGUAACUGCUUAGAAUGCCAUCAUUAGCUCCCUCACUUUAGCCUUACGUAUACGUUUUGCUUCCUUAAGGUCUCGUUCUCAUUGGACAGAGCCCUCCCAAGGAAACACCUAUAGUGUGUAUUCAGGAGGCACCUCCAUGGUUGUAUGAGCUAGUAUCUCCAUGUGAAGCACUCGGCUUUCCUUUUUCAAGCAGCAGUAAUAGAAAUUGCAGCAAUCCUUCUCUCUUCAUAAGUACUUCAUAGCCCUGAGCUCAGAAGAGGUCCUGCAUACUCCAGAGGCACCAAACCUGCAAAAUACCACUGGAUAGUGAGAACAGGCCAUUAUUGGCAGUAAAAUUUAUAGAGUGUCAUGGGUUAAUUAAUCCCAGUUAAAAGAAUUUGAUUUAUGUAUGUGAUUCAGUUGUGCAUAUAAGAUAUAGAGAUUUCCAUUUUUGGUUAUUUCUUAGAAGAUAUUUGUCUUUCCUAGAAAUCUUAUUUUUAGGGAACUGUCAUUACUGAAUGAUGGCUGUUGUUUACUUGGAACUCCCAGUGUGAGGCUAAAAACCAGAGCACUCAAAACAUCAUUUUUGAGUAAUAUAUACUCUUCAGCUAGGGCACAGUUUUCCAUAUUGCUAGAAUGCAGGAAGUGUUGCUUAUGUAUCUACAUGUGUCGAUUAACUCAGUUGUAUUAAACUCUAAUUCAGGCAAAUACGCUUUUUCCCUUGACCCAUUUGGGCCCAACAGAGAAGCAGCAUGAAGUGCUCCCAAAAUAAAUGAUGAAAGAUGGGAAGAGUGAAAAUAAUUAAAACUUCCGGGUAUUUGGAUUCUGUAAAACCCCUCUCACUGACAAGAGAUUCAUCUCUUAAAAUGUUUUAAUGUGUAUGACAAAAUUGACUAUGAUACCACAGCAUAUAUUCUAAGUAGUGUGCUUAUGCACUGAGCUCUUGUUCUCCCAAAGAUGUGUUCAAGAAAUGGAUAAACUUUUAACUGCUCUUGUUUUAGCAGUCUUUGAACUAAUUAAACAGAAUGUUGACCAUACUCCAUCCAACAUAACCCCCAUUUUAUUUCAGAACAGGAUUUGCAGAAUGAGUGAUGUUGAGAAGUAUGUGUAAUCAUACAUCCUGCUGCUUCUACUGGCUCCAACCUCCACCCCCAAAACCCUGUGACCUGUUUUCCUUGCCUCCUGGCUUCACUGCACCGAAAUGGCCAUUGUCAUCUUUGUGACUGUCAUCUUUGCUUUGGUAAACAAUUUGCCAAGGCAACAGCAUCGGGAUUCACAUGGGUACACUUACAUUUCUCCAGUGGAGCAGUUUCAGGCCAGGGAAAUGGUGCAGUGUGGGGGAGGGCUUAAGCACCCUCUCCCCUGCGUGCUACAAAUUGGAGCCAAAUCAGACCUUGUGCAUGCCAAUUCCCGAGCACGGAAUGUGCAAGUACAUGUUUGUUUGCUCAGACCAGAGGAAAAUAUAACGUGUAGGGUAAAGGUAGUCCCCUGUGCAAACACCGAGUCAUUACUGAGCCAUGGGGGGACGUCGCAUCAUGACAUUUUCUUAGCAGACUUUUUACGGGGUGGUUUUCCAUUGCCUUCCCCAGUCAUCUACACUUUACCCCCAGGAAACUGGGUAGUCAUUUUACCAACCUCAGAAGGAUGGAAGGCUGAGUCAACCUUGAGCUGGCUACCUGAGCCUAGCUUCCGCCAGGAUCGAACUCAGGUCAUGAGCAGAGCUUGGGCUGCAGUACUACCGCUUACCACUCUGCGCCAGGGGGCUCUUUUUAAAUAUAUAACGUGUAUUUAGGAUUUAAAAUGAAAUGGUUUGUUUUCAAAUGCAGCAAAGUAAUGGUAGCAUACUAAUCCUGGCAUAGUUGUACACAAGUGCACCAACAACUCUUAAAAACACAGCAGUUUGGGGAAGCAAACCCCUGUAAGACGCAUCCUGUGUAGAAAAGUUGGCUUUGGGUUGACUUGAGUAAUCCAAAUAAAAAUGACUUGCUUUUAUAUAAACAAUAGCACUUGAUAAAUGGGAGCUGUACAUACAGAUUUUUUUAAAAAGCAAAUCUUUGUAAAUAUGUCCUUUUAAAAAUUGGGUUUUAAUUUCAGUGUUACAUUCAGGGAUUAUGUUAUUGUAUGGUCCAGUAGGAAGUAUGUUUUACCUGUAUUUAGAAUAGGCCAGUUUUGGUUAGAGUGCCUGUACAGACUUCUAUUCAACACACUAUUGACUGUAUUAUCCUUCUCUAUUGUUAGAUGCUAAAGGAAAUGACUUCCAACUAGAGAUGGGCACGAACCGAAAUAUGAAACAAAGUUCAUCAUGAACCAGGCCGAUUCGUGGUUUACGAACCCGCGGUUUGUCAGAGCCUAUUCCUGAUGAACUGCCACGAACUUUAGGGCGGUUCGUUUGGUUCUUUUUUUGGUUCGUCACUGCAGACAGCCUGGUGCCAUUCAAUCAGUUUCCUAGGCAACAAAGGUUUGGCUUUCUGCAGACCUUAUGCUGACCUGAAAGUGACCUUAAUGCUGACUUGGAAGUGACCUGCUGACCCAGAAGUGGUGAUUUGUUGGCCUGGAAGAGUGACAUUUUCACGAACCAAAAACAAACUGGUUCGUGAACCAGGGCACGUUCGUGAAAGUUUGUGGUUCGUGAAACAUCAUGAACCAUGAACCGCAUGGUUCGGUUUUUUUCUGGUUCGUGCCCAUCUCUACUUACAAGUACAGGCUGGUUAAAAUUACGCCCAUCUGUUGGGAAUAUCUUCUAAGCAAUGGUACGAGAAUAAAUCUUUGAUUCCUUUCUCAGUUCUCUCUCUCUCUCUUCAGUGAAACUUAACAAGAAAACAUUCUAGUGGGUUUAAGCUCCACACUUCCUGUGACAAUUAACAGAUAUUUGGUCCCACACUGCAGUAUUUUUAGUAGACAAUUAUAAAACUUAUUUGUUUCCACUUUCAUCCUAUUAGCAUAGUGAUACUGCGUAGUUAAAACUAAUCAUAGGUACAUGUUAAAAUAUUAAAUGGAAGUCAAAAGCUGGGCAAUAAUGCUUUCAGAAAGGUAUGAUUCAAUUAAAUUUUAUAUUUAAAUGAGCAACUUCAUUAAUAAGUUUUCAAGAUACGUAGUUUUAGGAUAGACUUUUCAGAAAGUCAUGGGUUUUUUUCCUCAAGCUGAAGGUUACUGAAAAAACAAGCAAAAAAGAUCUCGUUGUCUAGGAUAGACAUGUUCGUAUUAUGAGGUUGGAUCCCAAGAGUGCUCAUGGGACAGAUCUUUCCCACCACCCUGUCUUCAGCACACACACACCCUUUGCCUAAAAAUCUGUUGCUGAGGGUUCCUCUGACCCUUGGGAACAGAAUAGGUGUGAUGCAGAGGGGAGGGAAGCUGAUGUGUGCAGACCACUCCACCCUGCAUGCGACUGGCAAUGCUCACACAAAGGCGCUGGGGAUCUAACCCAGGAUGCACCUGGUCUUUUAACUGUCAUUUGCUCCCAUCACAUGUAUCCAUCUUCUCAAGCACUUUGGCAUUCUUGCACUGAUAGGUUUACAUUUUAAAACUGUUCCAGCAUGUGACUGGCCAUGAAUUUCAAACCAUGAGAGAGCAUUAAGUGAAACCCAAUUGUGCAAUUCAAUGACAUAUUUGGGGAACAAAAAGUAAAAUUAUACAAAAAUAAUCCUCUUACCCUGUUGUCAAUAUUGUAACUAUCAUUUCUCAAAACAUUGUGGAUUUGUAUCAUAUUGUAUUUAUUCCAUUCAGUUUUUUAAAACAAAGUUUUCUUUAAUGCUCUGUAUAUAUUGACAUUAAAGUUUGCAUUGUAUUACAUUCUUCUUCAAGGUGUAUCCGGCAUUGUAUUGCAUCUUAUGUUGUUCUUUGCAUCCAUGCUGCUGCUGAUGGUGUGUGCUUUUCUUUUCUCUCUGAAUCAUGACAUACGCCAAAGACGACAUAGAAAUUUGUAUCUAUUUUUUGUUGAAAGUUUGUGAGGAGCAACUUUAAAUGGUAAAGCGUUCAAAAUAACAGGUCCAUGGGUACUAGAAUAAAAACGUAAAUUCAUAAGGC